AUGGAGAGUUCUCAUGCGCUGUUGUUGAUUGCACUUAUAGCAACUUCUGCUAUAUUUCACCUUGUUCAGGCUCAAGAUCCAGAUCAAGAAGGAUUCAUUAGUUUGGAUUGUGGGUUACCUCCCACUGAUCCAUCCCCUUAUAUCGAGCCAAUAACUAGGUUAAAGUUCACAUCGGAUUCAAACUUCAUCCAAAGUGGACAAAUUGGUAGGACUGAUACAACGCUCCAAGCACAAUUCCCAAAGCAGCACACAACGCUGAGAUACUUUCCAGAUGGGCUACGCAACUGCUACAAUCUUACUGUUAAGAAGGGAACCAACUAUUUGAUCAGAGCUAGAUUUGGAUAUGGUAACUAUGACGGUCUCAAUAGUUUUCCGAAAUUUGACUUAUACGUGGGCCCCAAUUUCUGGAUGACACUAGACCUGAAAAGGUAUGAAAACUUUUCAUGGGAGGAGAUUACACACAUUGCAAGAUCAGACUCCUUGGAUAUCUGUCUCGUUAAGAACGGCGAGUCGAUUCCAUUAAUAUCGGCCUUAGAGCUAAGGCCUCUACCAAACAACAGUUAUAUCACAACCGCAGGGCUAGGGCCACGGCUAACACUAGAUUGUGGCAAGAGCAGGUACCCGGAUGAUGCCUACGAUAGAGCUUGGAUUUCAUACUUUCAGGAUGACUGGAAGCAGAUUUCCACUGGCCUUACAGUGAACACCUCUGAUAGCUUUCGUCUGCCGCAGGCUGCGCUCAAAACUGCCGGAAUACCAGCGUUCGGUAGUUCAACAUUUGUAGAUAAAGAGUAUCCUGACUCCUCUCAAGAUAGAGUUUAUAUGUACCUCCACUUCUCAGAGGUUCAAGUCUUAGCUGCCAACGAGACUAGAGAGUUCGACAUUUCGUUUAACAAUGAUUCCGUCAUCCAGUCCUACAAGCCAGUAUAUCUUCAGUCCAAGACUGUAUACAACAAGCUUCCGGUCAUUUGCGAGGACAAGGAAUGCGUCUUAAGCUUGAAAAAAACUCCAAAAUCUACACACCCACCUAUGCUUAAUGCCAUUGAAGUUUUCACGGUUACCGAGUUUCUACAGUCUGAAACAUUUGAGAGUGAUGUGAUUGCUAUAAAAAACAUCAGAGCCACAUAUGGAGUGAAGAGAAUCUCAUGGCAAGGUGAUCCAUGUGUCCCUCGAAAGUUUUUGUGGGAGGGUCUAAACUGUACUGAGAGUACUGAUACGUAUACAGUACCAAGAAUCACCUCCUUAGACUUGUCUUCAAGCGGGUUAACAGGAACCAUAGCAGCUGAAAUUUUCCACCUCACCAAUCUAGUAAAGUUGGACUUGUCAAACAACAAGUUGGUGGGAGGAGUGCCUGAAUUUCUAGCUAACAUGAAAUCACUCGUGUUGUUAAACUUGACCAAAAAUGAUCUGAAUGGUUCAAUUCCACAAGCUCUUCGCGAUAGAGAAAAGAAAGGACUGAGACUCUUGGUUGAUGGAGAUGAGAAUAAUCCAUGUCGGGCUGGUGCAUGUGACCCAAAGAAGAAAUUUCCAGUGUUGAUCGUUGCACUUGUUGCUUCGGCAGUCGUGGUUGCUCUAGUUGCACUAGCUCUCUUUUUCGUGUUCAGAAAGAAAAAGGCAUCAAAUCAUGUGGAAGCUAUACCACGAUCACCAACUACGCCACUGGCGAAUGUUGCAUCUAAUGGUAUAUCUGAGACAUUGAUUGGGACAAAAAGGAAAAAGUUUACUUAUUCAGAAGUUAUAAAAAUGACAAACAACUUUCAAAGAGCUCUUGGUGAAGGAGGGUUUGGUACUGUAUAUCACGGUGAUCUAGAUGGUUCACAGCAAGUAGCUGUCAAACUACUUUCACAAUCAUCAACACAAGGCUAUAAAGAAUUUAAGGCAGAGGUUGAACUGCUUUUGAGGGUUCACCACAUAAAUUUGGUAAACCUUGUCGGUUAUUGUGAUGAAGGAGAUCACUUGGCUCUCAUCUACGAAUACAUGUCGAAUGGAGACUUAAAACAUCAUUUGUCAGGUGAAGCCUGGCCUGGAAAAGGAAAAAUCUCUGUCUUGAGUUGGAAUACUCGACUACGAAUAGCUAUCGAUGCCGCACUAGGAUUGGAAUACUUACAUAUUGGAUGUCGACCAUCAAUGGUGCAUAGAGAUGUCAAAAGUACAAAUAUAUUGUUGGAUGAGAAGUUCUCGGCCAAAAUUGCGGAUUUUGGACUUUCAAGAUCUUUCCAGGUUGGAGGUGAAUCUCAUGUUUCAACGGUUGUUGCUGGUACUCCAGGAUAUCUUGAUCCCGAGUAUUACAAAACAGGUCGGUUGGCUGAGAUGAGCGAUGUUUACAGUUUCGGGAUUGUAUUAUUGGAGAUAAUCACAAACCAACGUGUGAUUGAUCAAACCCGUGAAAAGUCUCACAUAACAGAAUGGACAGCAUUCAUGCUAAAUCGAGGAGAUAUUACCAGAAUCAUGGAUCCUAACCUUCAAGGUGAUUACAACUCUCGUUCUGUGUGGAGAGCUCUUGAAGUGGCUAUGUUGUGCGCAAACCCUAUGUCAGAAAAACGACCAAGCAUGUCCCAGGUUAUUAUCGAACUAAAAGAGUGUUUUAGAUCUGAAAACUCGGGGAACAGUAAUAAUCAAGAUAUGAACUCACAAAAUUCACUUGAACAAAGCAUGAGCUUUGAUACCAAGGUAGCUACCCCAAGUGCAAGGUAG